CGGCAACUCGGCUAGACCAGAAGCGGCGCGGAACUUCUAAGGCCCGAGCCUUUCCGGGAUCGGCUGGACGCCGAACCCCGCGAGAUGAGGAAACUGAGGCCCCGAGGAGCGCACACACAACAGAGAAGCAGCAGAAUCGGCAAUCCACCUCAGACCCCUGCAAAUUUUUUUCCUCAUAAUUGGGAGAAGACCCAGUGGCUGAAUGGCAACUGUAGAUGACUUGCAGUUUGAAGAAUUUGGUGAUGCAGCCACUUCUCUAGCAACAAACCCAGAUGUCACCACAAUAAGCAUUGAAGAUCCUGGUGAAACCCCAAAGCAUCAUCCAGGACCCCCAAGAAGCCCAGGGAGAGAAGAGGAUGAUGAGUUACUGGGAAACGAUGAUUCUGACAAAACUGAGUUACUCGCUGGACAGAAGAAAAGCUCUCCCUUCUGGACGUUUGAAUAUUAUCAAACGUUCUUUGAUGUGGACACUCACCAGGUCUUUGACAGAAUAAAAGGGUCUCUUUUGCCAAUACCCGGAAAAAACUUUGUGAGGCUAUAUAUCCGCAGCAAUCCAGAUCUCUAUGGCCCCUUUUGGAUAUGUGCCACAUUGGUCUUUGCCAUAGCAAUUAGUGGGAAUCUUUCCAACUUCUUAAUCCAUCUGGGAGAGAAGACGUACCAUUAUGUACCCGAAUUCCGAAAAGUGUCCAUAGCAGCUACAAUCAUCUAUGCCUAUGCCUGGCUGGUUCCUCUCUCACUCUGGGGUUUCCUCAUGUGGAGAAACAGCAAAGUUAUGAACAUCGUUUCCUAUUCGUUUCUGGAGAUUGUGUGUGUCUAUGGAUAUUCACUCUUCAUUUAUAUCCCCACAGCAAUACUGUGGAUUAUCCCCCAGAAGGCUGUUCGUUGGAUUCUAGUCAUGAUUGCCCUGGGCAUCUCAGGAUCUGUCUUGGCAAUGACAUUUUGGCCAGCUGUUCGUGAGGACAACCGGCGCAUUGCGUUGGCCACAAUUGUGACAAUUGUGUUGCUUCACAUGUUUCUUUCUGUGGGCUGCUUGGCAUAUUUUUUUGAUGCACCAGAGAUGGACCAUCUCCCAACAACUAUAGCUACUCCAAACCAAACAGUUGCAGCAGCCAAGUCCAGCUGAUGAGAAAUUUCUCUUUUAUGUUUUUUGGAGCGUGGUUCUUUUGAACAUGGCAUCCACUAGAGGAAAGCAGAAUGACCAAAGCCAUCAGGAAAAUGGAUGGGAUGGUACAAACCCCCAACAUCUGGAUGGUGCCACCCUGAAGCCUAAUCACGUAUUUAACAAACAAAAUUAAACGUUGUUCAGCACAUGUGUCUUUCAGCUCUUCUUUUUCACUCAUUGAUUACCAUUGUGACUAUGCGCUGAUUUGGAUUGAAAUGUGAGGUAUAUUAGUCAGGGUUCUCCAGAGGGACAGAACCAGUAGGAUACAUAUACAGAUAUAUGAGAUGGGAUUUAUUAGGAAAACUAGCUCAUGUGAUUAUGGAGACUGAGGAGUCCCAUCACAGGCCAUCUGUAAGCUAGUGAGCCUGGGAUGCUGGUAGCACAGCUUGGUCCAUGUCCAAAGGUCUCAGAACCAGGGAAGCCAGUAGCGUAACUCUCAGUGUGAGGCUGAAGGCCUGAAAACUCGAGGGGGCCGGUGGUGCAAGUCCUAGAACCCACAGGCCAGAGAAUCUGGAGUUCUGAUGUCUAUGGAAGAGAAGAAGAGUGUCUCAGUUCCAGGAGAGAGAGAGGAAAUAGCCGUUCUGCCUUUUUUGUUUUAUCUGGGUCCCCACUGAUUGGAUGGUGCCUGCCCACAUUGAUCUUCCGCACUCAGUCCACUGAUUCACACACCAGUCUCCUCUGGAAGUACCCACACAGACACACUCAGAAAUAAUGCUUUCUCAGUUCUGUAGGUAUUCCUUAAUCUAGUCAAGUUGACACCUAAAAUUAACCAUCACACAAGAGAAGGGGUUAGGCAUGCUCAGGUGCCCCACCAUUUGCCUCCCACAGUCAUAUGAGGUGCUUCACUGUAUGUAGGUGCACCCUUAAUACCUGAAAUGGACCUGUCCUUUCUGGGAAUUAUGUACCAAUUACAUGGGUGACCGGCCCUCUUCUUUCCAAAUGCAUGCCAUCCUAAAGUAACCAAACAGUAUGAACCUUGGGAUUAAUUGGGAACCUGAAAAUUUGUCUUUGGUAACUGGACAACUGAACCUAAUGGUUGUAAAAUAAAUAUCUCAUAUGA